AUGCCCAGUGCUACAGGAGCCGACUGGGAGAAGUAUCGGAAGAACUUCGAUGAGGAGAUUCCCGAGAAGAAGAUUACUCCUCUGACCGAUGACGAUAUCCAAGUACUAAAGACCUAUGGCGCUGCACCCUACGCAGCCGCGUUGAAGAAACUCGAAAAGCAGAUCAAAGAGAAACAGCAGAGUGUGAAUGAGAAGAUCGGAGUGAAGGAAUCCGAUACUGGGCUUGCACCUCCACAUCUUUGGGAUGUUGCUGCGGACCGGCAACGUAUGCAGGAGGAGCAACCGCUACAGGUGGCACGAUGCACGAAGAUUAUUCAGGAUGAGAAGGAUCCAGAGAAGAGCAAAUAUGUCAUCAACGUCAAACAGAUCGCCAAGUUCGUCGUGAAUCUCGGAGAACGGGUCAGUCCGACAGAUAUUGAAGAGGGCAUGAGAGUUGGUGUCGACCGAAACAAGUACCAGAUCUUAUUGCCUCUGCCACCCAAGAUCGACCCUAGCGUGACGAUGAUGACUGUUGAAGACAAGCCGGAUGUAACAUACGGAGAUAUCGGAGGAAGCAAAGAGCAAAUUGAGAAGCUGCGGGAAGUUGUGGAAAUGCCACUCCUGUCUCCUGAACGCUUCGUCAACCUCGGUAUCGACCCUCCCAAAGGUGCUCUUCUCUACGGCCCGCCCGGUACGGGUAAAACGCUCUGCGCGAGAGCAGUUGCAAACCGGACAGAUGCCACCUUCAUUCGAGUUAUUGGUAGCGAGCUCGUUCAGAAGUACGUGGGUGAAGGUGCUCGGAUGGUUCGAGAACUGUUUGAAAUGGCACGAACCAAGAAAGCCUGUAUCAUCUUCUUUGAUGAAAUCGAUGCGAUCGGAGGUGCCCGUUUUGACGACGGCGCUGGCGGUGACAACGAGGUUCAGCGGACCAUGCUGGAGCUGAUUACGCAACUUGACGGUUUCGACUCGCGCGGCAACAUCAAGGUCAUGUUCGCAACCAACCGUCCGUCUACUCUGGAUCCGGCCUUGAUGCGGCCCGGGCGAAUUGACCGCAAGAUCGAGUUCUCUCUGCCAGACGUGGAGGGCCGGGCUAACAUCCUCCGGAUCCACGCCAAGAGCAUGUCGGUGGAGCGUGACAUUCGAUGGGAACUGAUCUCGAGAUUGUGCCCCAACGCGACGGGUGCAGAGCUGCGCAGUGUAGCCACGGAGGCAGGCAUGUUUGCGAUCCGAGCUCGGCGGAAGGUAGCGACGGAGAAGGAUUUCCUGGCCGCGGUCGACAAGGUGAUCAAGGGCAACCUGAAGUUCAACUCGACGGCGACGUAUAUGCAGUACAAUUAA